GCAAUGCAUGCGCUCGGAGAUCAAACAUACGCAUGGACAUAUGCCAUGGAACACCCCUGUCUUGCUUGCCGAGUAAUAAAAUACGCUGUGCCCUGCCAUCUGCACAAGACCCCUCGAGCGCGCACAAGUGAAGGCAGCAGAGGCCCUGCCAAGAAACGCAACCUGGUCUCUGCAGCCAAAGCACGGGGCUUGUCCGUGACUUCUGCAGAGCUGGAGCUGCUGUGAACCCCCAGACGGCUGGGAGACAUCAGGCUGCGGUGGCUGAUCCUACCUCAGGCACGAGCAUCAUCACUAUGCAUCUCUACGGACGUCAUCGAGGCAAAAUCCUUGAGGCACCGUUAAGAACCAAUAACGAUAAAUGAACCCAAAUUCUGGAUUAGAACUGAAUUUCUUCAGAAAUCUUGGGUUUUUUCCUUUCAUUUUGCCGCCAAUGCCAAACACCAUCUCUUUACCCAAGAGGGUCCUGAUGACAUCACAUCCUCUCCAAAGAGCGACGCAGCCUCCCAAGUCAAGCGAGAAAGACCGUCUCGGCUCCGCUGCGCCGUCCCCACAGACAGCCACCCCCAGGAGAAGAUGGCCAGGUCUCCUGCGCUGCUCCUCAUCCUCACUCUGGGGCUCUGCUGCCCUGGGGUCCGGGGCCAGAGGCAUAAGAUGACGGCCAGGUUUCGUGACAGAAGCAUCACACACCCCCGGGUGGGACAGCGGCUGGAGCUGGAAUGUCUGACCAUCAAGGAGGACAGUGGCGCAUUCUGGAUCCGCCAGGACAAGGGCGGGAACCUUCACUUCAUCGUCUUCAUUUCUUCCUUGUCCCGGAGCACUUUUGAUGGGAACGAGAAGAAAUCCACACGCUUCGAGGCGAGGAAAGACGGCAGCUCCUACCAGUUGAUAGUGAAGUCUUUCACGCGGGAGGACGAGGGGAACUAUUUCUGCGUCGUGAACAGCAACCAAGUGCUCUACUUCAGCAGCGGCCAGCCUGCCUUCUUCCCAGUCCUCACCACAGCGGCACCCACUGCACCGGCACCCACCACCCAGCAUGGCAUCACCGAAAAGGAUCCCUGCCCGAUGACCCCAGAUCCAGAGACCAGCAAGAAGAAAGAGAUGAAUUUCUUCUGUGAAAUCUUCAUCUGGGUUCCCUUAGCAGCUGCCUGCCUCCUGCUCCUCCUCGCCCUGGCAGUCACCAUCGCCCUGUGCCAAAAAACCAGAAGACGAAGGUGCAGAUGUAAAAGACCUGCGAACGGGAAGCCCAACGCGAAACCCGUCACGCCAAGCCGACACGUAUGAGCAUCUGCACCUUCUGGAUCAUCUUCUGGGAGCUGUCACUGCAUAAGUGCAUCACCUACAUUAUCUAUACUGCUACUAGUU